UUGAAAGAGAAAAGAGAUUAGGCGUGAAGAUGUGGAGAGAGAGAUCAUUGAUAGUAUUGGUGGUUCUACUCCACCAAAUUGAUGGAGGAGAUGGUUGCUCCCCCUCUUCCUGUGGCAAAAUCACCAACAUAUCUUAUCCAUUCCGAUUGAAAGGAGACCCACAAGUGUGCGGUCGGUAUGAGUUAUCUUGUGAAAACAAUAUAACUGUGUUAUCUCUGUUCUCUGGAACAUUUCGUGUGGAGGCUAUCAACUACAAUAAUUUCACAAUCCGACUGGUGGAUCCUGGACUUCAACCCACAAACUGCUCCUCCCUUCCUCGCUAUUUCUUGUCUCCCUCCAAUUUCACUGACGACGGCUUGCGUCCCUACGGUAGAUGGUAUAGGAAUGGUUGGUUUUAUGAUGAAUUCUUUUACGAGCAUAUAGUGUUUUUGGAUUGUAGUGAUGGAGUGAGUGGGAACAGUAAGUAUGUGGAUACUGGUGGAUGCGUGAAUUGGGAGUCCAAAGGUUACAUAUACGCUAUGGCUGUUGGUGACCUAUUAGCAGAGGACAUAGAAGUUGGUUGUGAUGUAAAGCUGCUUGCUCCCACAUCUUGGUGGGGUUUGGACACAAAUAAUUAUUCCUAUGCCAUCAUACACAAAGCGCUACUUUAUGGAUUUCAGCUUUCGUGGAUUCGUCUCGCCUGUGAGGGUCGUUGUACAGAUACUUACUGCUAUUUCAGUAUAAACCAGAGGCUUGAAUGCGCCGGUGAAGCGAGACCUUCGGGGCUAGUGUAUCUUUUAGAGGUGAUGGCGGCGAGGGUUGAGCUCUUUGAUUGUUCCUGUAGUCGAGCUCCUUGGGUGACUAGUCUAUCCGAGCUCUUCACACUGAGUUUGGUGGCUAUUUCUAGUAUCUUAAAAGGAUUGGUUGCAAUAUUUAGACCAAACACAUAUGUUGGAAUUUAUUUCACUCAAUCUCAUGGAUAUGACAUUGAGUAUGAACAAGGAUUAAUUGCGUUGGGACACUAUGUUAUACCAUACUUCAUAGUUAGAUAUGUUAUUGGCACCAUAUUGUUUAUUGUUUUUUUGGUAUACAAGUGGAGAAGAAGACAUUCGUCAAUAUAUGAAAAUAUUGAAAAUUAUUUAGAGCAAAAUAGCUUCAUGCCUAUUCGAUACUCAUACAAGGAGAUUAAAAAGAUGACCAAAGGUUUCAAUGAAAAGUUAGGUGAAGGAGGUUAUGGCUCUGUAUUCAAGGGAAAGUUGCAAAGUGGACCUUGUGUUGCUAUAAAAGUGUUACGAAAAUCAAAAGGUAAAGGAGAAGAUUUUAUCAAUGAAGUUGCAACGAUUGGAAGAAUACAUCAUCAAAAUGUAGUGCAUUUAAUUGGAUAUUGUGCUGAGGGCUCAAAACGUGCCCUUGUUUAUGAGUUUAUGGCUAAUGGGUCUCUUGACAAAUUUAUAUUUUCUAAAGAAGGAAAUCUGCAUUUAGCCUAUGAUAAAAUACAUGAUAUAGCAAUUGGAGUAGCAAGUGGAAUUUCAUAUCUACAUCAUGGGUGUGAGAUGCAGAUUUUGCAUUUUGACAUCAAACCCCACAACAUCCUACUUGAUGAAAAAUUCACUCCAAAAAUAUCUGAUUUUGGAUUGGCAAAGCUAUAUUCAACAGAUAAAAGUGUUGUGACUAUGACAGCAGCAAGAGGAACAAUUGGGUACAUGGCUCCAGAGUUGUUUUAUAAAAAUGUCGGAAGAAUAUCACAUAAGUCUGAUGUUUAUAGCUUUGGAAUGUUUUUGAUGGAAAUAGCAAGCAAGAGGAAAAACCUAAACACCCAUGCAGAGCAUUCAAGCCAACUUUACUUUCCCUUUUGGAUUUAUGAUCAACUUGAUAAAGGGAAAGAUAUAGAAAUGGAAGAUGUCACCGAGAAUGAGAACAAAAUUGUAAAAAAGAUGGUCAUAGUUUCACUUUGGUGUAUACAAUUGAAACCAAAUGAUCGUCCUUCCAUGAAGAAAGUAGUGGAAAUGCUUGAAGGAGACAUUGCAAACUUAAAAUUACCUCCAAAGCCUUCUCUGUAUCCACAUGAAACAUUGGAAGAUGGUGAAAGAAUAUCCUCUCACCAAACAACAUUGUCUGACUUUGUUGGUUCUUCAAGUUAUCCAAUAAAAAUGGUCUCCAAUGUUUCCCUAGAUGAAAGUAUUUGAUAGUGUAAAUUAUUUAUUCUCAUCCAACUUAUUUGAGUUGAACAUUUUUCCUCUGUAAUAUUUACAUUGUGUGACUUAUUUUUAUACUUCAUACUUUAAAUAUUAUGAUCUACCAAAUUUAAA